AUGGAGGCGCUCCUGCUUCGCGCGGGUGUCGUCCCUCCCGACGCGCAAGGCGGAGACGCGGCGGCGCAGACGGCGCCCGACGGACAGGACACCGACAGCGACGACGGCAUCGCCGUCAUCGGCGCGCGUGGCAAGCGCAUCACGCCGGGGUCCGGGUCCAGACCCGAGCCGCCGCCGACGUUCGCGACGCCCGCGAGGGGAGCCGCGAGGGGAGGGACGACACCCGCGCGCGUCCGCAUCGCGCCGGGCUCCACCCCGCGCACCGGCGGAUCCUCCGCGCGGAAGAAGCGCCGUCACGACCCGCGACCCACGCCCCCGUCGAUACCCCGCCCGACCCAACGCCCCGCCACCAGCGCGCCCGCGUCACCCGGCGACGACGUCAGGGCGUACGUGGAAUCGCUCAGAUCCAAGCCCCAGGUGAAACACGUCGAGUGGAUCGCGCCCGCGGAGGAACGAUGCGACGGUCCUUCGGGGUUCAAGCUCGACGAAGCCACGCGCUUGGUCCUUCAGGAGGUGGGCGUCACUAAGCUCUACUCGCAUCAGAAGGAGGCGAUACACGCGGCGACGAAGGGAAAGCGCUCGGUGGUCAUCGCCACGCCGACGGCGUCCGGCAAGUCUCUGGCGUACGCGGUGCCUUUGCUGCAGAGGCUGGGGGAGAAGCGGAGCUCGCGCGCGAUCGUGCUGUUUCCGUUGAAGGCGCUGGCGAACGAUCAGCUCGCGAAGUUCCGGAAGUUUCCAGAAGCUGCCGAGAGACUCGCGGAGAGCGGCGCGUACGAGGGCUCGACGCUAAAAAAGCUUCGGGGGAUGGCGUCCAUAACCGUGCGGACGCUGGACGGCGACACCAAGGAGUCCGACCGCGUCGUGAUCAAGAGCGAGAAGACGCAGUUGUUGCUGACCAACCCCGACUCCCUGCACCACUACCUGCUGCCCGGGUAUCAGAGCAAGAAGUUCACCAAGACGUUCUGGCAGCACCUGGAGCUCGUGGUGGUGGACGAGGCUCACACGUGCCGGGGGGUGUUUGGGUCGCACGUCGCCAACGUCUUUCGAAGGGUGAUUCGCCUGUGCCGCGCGUGCGACGGACCGGGUCCGGAGUUUAUAUGCACGUCGGCGACGAUAGAUAACCCCGCGCAGCUGGUCAAGCAGCUGACCACGAAAGAUCCGGUUGCGGUGACCCGAAACGGCGCCCCUUCCGGAGAGAAGGCGAUGAUCCUGUGGCAGCCGCCCGAGCUCGGAUCCAUCGCGGCCGAGGAUGGAUCCAUCGCGGAGAAUGGAAACGGCGCCAGCUUGGUUCAAAACAGAAUCAGGUGCCUGGCCUUUGUCUACGCCAGGAAGCUCACCGAGAGCGUCUGCAGGGACGUCAAGGCGAUAUUGCUCAAAGCCGGGCGGCAGGACCUCAUCGCGCGCGUGGAUUCCUAUCGCGGUGGGUACGACGCGGACCUGAGGCGCAACCUCGAGGGGAGGUUGGCGAGCGGAGAAGUGUCUUGCUUGGUGUGCACCAGCGCUCUCGAGAUGGGCAUAGACGUCGGCGAUCUCGACGCGACGGUGCACGUGGGAGUGCCCGAGACGGCGGCCGCGAUGUGGCAGCAGGCGGGUCGCGCGGGCCGCAGGCUCGGGUGCUCGCUCGCGGUCGUCGUCGCGUGCGAGCGCCCGCUCGACUCGUUCUAUUGCUCGCAUCCCGAGGCGCUCUUUCGGCGAUCGGCGGAGGCGGCGCUGAUCGAUCCGAGCAACCCGGCGAUUCUCGAGCAGCACCUCGCGUGCGCCGCGUUCGAGACGCCCAUCGACGUCAAGAACGAGGCGGACCUCUUCGACCACCCGGAGGCGGCGAGGGCGUACCGCGAGCAGGCUGCGAGGAACAAGGACGAAGCCGUUCGCACGCCUUUCCUCGUCGCGCUCAAGAGUCAAGACGUCAAGACGGGCGCGAAGGUGAUCGAGAAGGUGGAGGCGCACCGCGCGAUGUCGCGCGUGUACGAAGGGUGCGUGUACCUCUUCCAGGACAGGCAGUACCUCGUCGAAGCCCUGGACGAGCGCACGCGGACGGCGAGGUGCCGAACCAACUCUGCCCACAGGAACGAAAGCACGCACCCGAAGUCGCACGAAUCCGUCACCGAGCUCGACGCCGAUCCCCCGCGGGGGAUCGCCGCACCGAGACGGCGGCGCGUGGGCUACGCCAACGUGAGAUGCAGCGUCGGGCGCGCGCGCGUCGUCGAGCGCGUCGUCGGCAUGGUCGCCAAGGACCAGUACACAUUCGAGGUGCGACGCGAGCGGGCGUAUCCCCCGCCCGGGCUCCUCUCCGCGGAUUUCGUCACCGACGCGGUGUGGUGGGACCUUCCGGAUGAGAUUGUCAGGCACAAGAUCACCGACACCGGGGUUUUGGCGCGCGCGACGUUCGGCGUGGUGAACCUGUGCGUCGCGCUGGUGCCCGCGUUCGCGAUGUGCGACGCCAGGGACGUUCAGGGCGCCGUUCGAUUCCUUCGCUCCGAAUCUGGCGACGAGUGCGCCGGGGCUCGAAUGUACCUAUACGACACGUGUCCCAAAGGGGUCGGUCUGGCGCCCAAGGCUUACGAAAGUCUCGAGAGCCUGUGGGAACGCGCGCUGAAGACGGUGAGCGAGUGUCCGUGCGCCUCGGGGUGCCCGUCGUGC